AUGUCUUCAAACAGUUUGACUGACGUGGUCGCACAUUCCGAGUCUACUACAACAUUGACAGAGAAUGUCGUCCCCCCUAAUGACAACGUCGAUCAUCAUCAUUCUGAAUCCUAUCUUGAGUGGAAACGAAAAAUGGGUGAAAAACGAAAAAGACAGAUUGAUUCCAACAAGAUGACAACAACAUCUAUUGAAAACUCCACCUCCGAUCGCAACAACAACACCACCAACCACCACCAUCACCACCACCACUCCGAUCACAUGAAUGAUGAUGAAACUAUUUUUAUUACUCCGACUCUUAAAAAAACAAAACUCAUCAAGGAAAUUCUCAAUCAAGAGACAACAAGAAAUGAUGCAAGUGGUAUCAUCACGACUACUGAUACUACAGGUACUUCCAAUCAUGAUUCAUCAAAGAGUCUUUUAAAGAAAAGUAAAGAAUUAAAGGAAUCUCAACCUCAACUUUCUGAUUUGGAAAAAUUAGAACAAAAAGAAAAUGAACUUCUCAAAGAAGUAAUGAAUCAAUCCUUUUUACAUACCAUGCAACAAGAACAACACGACGAUGUAAAUACACCUAUUGAAUAUUUAAAUUAUGGAUGGACACCACCUUCCUUUUAUGAAUCACUUUCAGAAAUGGAUCGAGCAUACAUUUUGGAUAAAUUUGGAAUUCAUGUACAAGGAAGGGAAAUACCUCCACCAAUUCUCACUUUUGAACAUAUGAAAUUCCCAAAAUGUCUUUUAAAAUUACUAGAUGAUAAGAAUAUGACCACUCCAACACCAAUUCAAAUGCAAGGAAUUCCAUGUCUAUUGAGUGGUAGAGAUGUCAUUGGAAUUGCCUUUACUGGAAGUGGUAAAACUCUUGUCUUUACUUUACCAAUAGUCAUGUAUUGUUAUUUAGAAGAAAAAAGAAAGAAAUUAAGAGAAGGUGAAGGUCCACUUGGAUUAAUAUUGUGUCCUAAUAGAGAAUUAGCAAAACAAACAUUUGAUUUAGUUGAAUACUUCUUUAAGGGAAUUGAAAAGUAUGACAAGAGUGGAAUUCAAUUGAAUGUAUCACUAUGUAUUGGAGGUAUUCGAGAGGAUCGAAUCUUUGGUAGUCAUGGUAGUACCUCUUCUUCUCAACGUUAUUACAAUUCAAGUAGUAGUCAUAGUCAUUCAAGUAGUAGUAGUCAUUCAAGUGGUAUUCAUAUGGUAGUUGCAACACCUGGACGUCUCAUUCAAAUGCUCAAUGACAAGAAGAUGCACCUUUCGCACUGUAGAUAUAUUUGUAUGGAUGAGGCGGAUCGUUUGAUUGAUUUGGGUUUUGAGGAGGAGAUUAAGCAAAUUUUUGAAUUUUUACCAAAAAGUAGAAGAGGUGGUGGUAGUGAUAACCGUUGUAGUGGUGGUGAUGGUACGAACGGAAAUAACCGUCAACCGUCGUCUUCGUUGCAGUCAACAAGAACAAGAACACAGGUUGCCAACUCCUCUCAUCACAUUCAAAAAGUAUUCUUCUCUGCCACCAUGCCAGAAAAGAUUCAAAGUUUAGCAAGACAAACACUUUCAACACCGAUCAUUGUCAAUGUUGGUCGUGCUGGUGCUGCCAAUUUGGAUGUCGUUCAAGAGGUUGAAUUUGUACUCGAAGAAGACAAAAUUCCAUAUUUAUUAGAAGUAUUACAAAAAACACCACCACCAGUUCUCAUCUUUUCUCAAAACAAAUCAGAAGUUGAUACCAUUUGUGAAUAUUUAUUAUUGAAAGGUGUUGAGGCUGUGAGUAUUCAUAGCAGUAAGGAUCAAUUUGAAAGAGAAUAUGCAAUUGAUUCAUUCAAACAAGGAAAAAAAGAUGUUCUCGUAGCCACUGACAUUGUAUCUAAAGGAAUUGACUUUCCAAAUGUGAGACAUGUCAUUAAUUUUGAUAUGCCUCGUGAAAUUGAAAACUAUGUUCACAGAAUUGGUAGAACGGGUAGAAAUGGAAAAACAGGAUUAGCAACUACAUUUAUCAAUCGAAAUCAAUCUGAACAAAUUCUAUUGGAUUUGAAAUACUUACUGAUUGAAGCGAAACAGAAAGUACCACCCAUUUUGAAUACCAUUUAUGAUCCCUAUGCGAAUAGUCACACACCAUCGAUGGGUGCAACGACGAGUCGAGUGGAAUGUAAAUAUUGUCAAGGAUUGGGACAUCGUAUUACUGAAUGUCAGAAAUACCAUCGUGACAAACAAUUACAAAUUCAAAAGGCAUUGAACAGUGCAGGUGGAGGUAGUUUGGGAGAGCAGUAA